GUCCAUGGUGAACUCUGACAUUAUUUUUUCGCUAAAGCGAUUCAAUAUCCAUCGUGCUCACGACUCGUCUUUCCUGGAUAUAGAAGUGCAUUUGAAGCCUUAUUUUAUAUUGAAAAUGGCCUACAACUACGUAGUUACAGCACAUAAACCUACUGCUGUCAAUGCAUGUGUCACAGGUAAUUUUACAUCUCCUGAUGACCUGAAUCUUAUUGUUGCUAAGAACACUCGGCUUGAGAUCUACGUGGUAACACCUGAAGGUCUUCGACCUGUCAAGGAGAUUGGAAUCAAUGGACGGAUUGAGGUCAUGGAACUCUUCAAGCCGCAGGGUCAGAACAAAUCCUUGCUGUUCAUCCUGACGGCACGCUACAAUGCCUGCAUCCUGGAGUAUGUUAAAGAUGGUGAAAAUGAAGAGAUUGUGACCAAAGCACAUGGCAAUGUUCAGGAUCGCAUAGGCAGACCAUCAGAGACUGGACUUAUCGGCAUUGUGGAUCCCGAGUGCCGUGUCAUUGGCUUGCGACUCUAUGAUGGCCUCUUCAAAGUUGUUCCACUUGACAGAGACAACAAAGAGUUGAAAGCUUUCAAUAUCAGACUGGAGGAGUUGAACGUGAUUGAUGUCAAGUUUCUCCAUGGUUGCCAAGUACCAACUAUCGUAUUUGUUCAUCAGGACCCCCAUGGCAGGCACGUGAAAACCUAUGAGAUCAACUUGAGAGAGAAGGAGUUUAAUAAGGGGCCCUGGAAGCAGGAUAAUGUUGAGACAGAGGCCAGUAUGGUUGUGGCUGUUCCUAAACCUUGUGGUGGUGCUCUUAUCAUCGGACAGGAGUCUAUCACUUACCACAAUGGGGAUAAAUACGUUGCGAUUGCGCCACCUAGCAUAAAGGCAAGUACGCUGGUGUGUCAUGGACGGUUGGACUCUGACGGCUCACGCUACCUGCUGGGUGACAUGGCUGGCAGAUUGUUCCUCUUACAUCUUGAGAAGGAAGAAUCGAUGGAUGGCUCGGUCAUCGUCAAGGAUCUGAAGGUUGAGCUACUCGGAGAGACAUCCAUUGCAGAAUCCUUGACGUAUCUGGACAAUGGGGUCAUCUUCAUCGGGUCUAGACUCGGAGACUCGCAGUUAGUCAGGUUGACUGUGGACCCAGAUGAACAUGGUUGCUAUGUCCAGCCCAUGGAGACAUUUACCAAUCUUGGUCCCAUUGUAGAUAUGGCGGUUGUUGACCUAGACAGACAAGGUCAAGGCCAGUUGGUAACCUGCUCAGGUUCGUACAAAGAGGGCAGUCUUCGCAUCAUCAGGAAUGGCAUCGGUAUACAUGAGCAUGCUAGCAUUGACCUUCCAGGGAUCAAGGGGUUAUGGCCACUCAGAGUGGACCAAGGAUCACAGUAUGAUGACACCCUGGUGUUGUCUUUCGUUGGGCAAACAAGGGUCUUAAUGUUGAAUGGGGAGGAGGUUGAAGAGACGGAGAUGCCUGGUAUUGAUGGUAAUCAGCAAACAUUUUACUGUGGUAACGUCUACAGCAAUCAGCUCAUUCAGAUCACUGCAGCGUCCGUGCGCCUCGUUAAUGCUGUUACCAAACGUAUGGUGAGUGAGUGGCGCUCUCCGUCAAGUAAGAACAUUAGCGUAGCUUCCUGCAACACACAGCAAGCUGUCUGCGCUGUGGGAAGGGACAUAUUCUACCUCAAGAUCCACGAAGGGGAACUCCGACAGAUUAGUACUGUGACUAUGGAACAUGAGGUCGCUUGUUUAGACAUUACGCCUCUCACUGAGGGCUCUGACAUGGCUGAGCUGUGUGCUGUGGGUCUGUGGACUGACAUUUCUGCACGGAUACUCAAAAUCCCUAGCUUGGAAUCGAUGCACGUCGAGAUGCUUGGAGGAGAGAUCAUCCCACGCUCAAUCUUACUGAGCGUGUUUGAGGGACAGUGCUACGUCCUGUGUGCCCUAGGAGACGGCUCUCUCUUCUACUUCCAACUCAACACAGAGACAGGUUUCAUGAGGGAUCGUAAGAAGGUCAUUCUUGGCACUCAGCCAACUGUCCUCAAGACGUUCAAGUCCCAUGCCACAGUCAAUGUCUUCGCCUGCUCGGACCGACCAACGGUCAUCUACAGUAGCAACCACAAGCUAGUCUUCUCCAAUGUCAACCUGAAGGAGGUUAGCUACAUGUGCCCUUUGAACUCUGAAGGGUACCAGGACAGCCUUGCCUUGGCUAACGACACCACUCUCAUGAUUGGCACUAUCGAUGAGAUCCAGAAACUGCACAUUCGUACCGUCCCUCUGGGCGAAUCUCCCCACCGCAUCGCCUACCAAGAGGCCACUCAGACCUUUGGUGUCAUCACGACGCGUACGGAGCUCAAAGAUGCCACAGGAUUGGGUACGAUGCCAGUACGCCAAUCAGCCAGCACCACGGCUCUCAAUAUGUCUAGCAGUACCAACAGUAAGAGCAUGCCUGGUCAGAGUGGGUCCGAGGGCUCUCACUUCGGAGAGGAAAUCGAGCUUCAUUCAUUGCUCAUUAUUGAUCAGCAUACAUUUGAAGUUCUCCAUGCACAUCAUUUUGUUCCUUACGAGUACGCCACUAGCAUCGUAUCCAGUAAACUUGGCAACGACCCUACCACGUAUUACAUCGUGGGAACAGCUAUGGUCUACCCGGAUGAGGCGGAGCCUAAGAAAGGGCGGAUCGUUGUAUUCCAGUACAGCGAUGGUAAACUUCAAGAAGUGACAGAAAAAGAAAUCAAAGGAGCAGCAUAUUCUAUGCUAGAGUUCAAUGGAAAACUUCUGACAUCAAUCAAUAGCGUGGUUCGACUUUUUGAGUGGACUUCAGAAAGGGAAUUGCGUGUUGAAUGCAGUCACUACAAUAACAUCUUAGCCUUACACCUCAAGACCAAAGGUGAUUUUGUCCUAGUUGGUGACCUGAUGAGAUCAGUGACGUUGCUGGCUUAUAAGCCCAUGGAGGGGUGUCUGGAGGAGAUUGCUCGGGACUAUAAUCCCAACUGGAUGUCGGCUGUAGAAAUCCUGGAUGAUGACACAUUCCUAGGAGCUGAGAACUCAUUCAAUUUGUUUACAUGCCAGAAAGACAGUGCGGCCACGACAGACGAAGAGAGACAACACCUUCAAGAGGUCGGUUUGUUCCAUUUUGGCGAGUUCAUCAAUGUCUUCAGACAUGGAUCCUUGGUUAUGCAGAACAUCGGUGAAAGUACCAUACCAACUCAUGGAAGCGUUCUGUUUGGUACAGUCAAUGGCACUGUGGGUCUGGUAACCCAGCUCUCUGAGGAGUUUUACCACUUCUUGAUGGAGGUUCAGAAUAAACUGACCAGAGUCAUUAAGAGUGUUGGGAAGAUAGACCACACAUUUUGGAGGUCAUUCUACACCGAUCGUAAAACAGAAACUGCAGAGAAUUUCAUUGAUGGUGACUUAAUUGAAAGCUUUCUGGACCUGAGUAGAGAUAAGAUGGAAGAAGUCGUUCAAGGAUUACAGAUCAGUGAUGGAGAUAUGAAACGAGAUGCCACCGUUAGUGAUAUCAUCAAGAUUGUUGAAGAGUUGACAAGGAUACACUGAACAUCGGAUCUAACCACCCCAAACACCAAGUAGGUUAAUUACUGACAAGUCUGAGGUUGGAGCCGGCACCUUCAAAUUUCAGAAACCACAAGCUGUGUUCUGGACUAGAGGAUUUUCAGUCAUGUGAUUGUUGACUGUCGGUGUUCAAUUCACACAGAUGUGCGCGAGAACAUGGGCGCCUUUGAUGUCUCAACAUUCUUGUGUGCGUGAAAUUGCCAAUAGAACACUCCAAUUUGAAAUUGCCAGUGCCCACAUGGUAUGUUUUCUGAAAUGCUUUUUGCCGUCAGGUUACGUCACAUGCUAAACCUCUACAGGAAAGGGCUUGUGAAGAUUUUGCUGUUCUGUCUCACUUGGACAGACAAAAUGGAUGAUGUUGCAGUUCUUGUGGCUGGUAGGAUAUCAAUGCCGGUGAUUUGCAAUACAUUUGCACUACCAAGAGGUUGCUGCAGUGCACUGUGGGAUUGCCCAAGUGCACUGUGGGAAAUCGUUGAAAAAUAUGCUCCGACUGCACGAAGGGACCUGGAAUCAUUCCUAUUGUUUGAGUUGGUAAAAGAUUUGCAAAUGUAUUUCCAAAGCAUGGAAUGCCCCAAUCUAUGUGUGAUUUCCCCCAUUUGUCAACUGACAGUCACUCAAAUACAAUCAUUGGAAGUUGGCCGUUUUGAGGUUGAUGGUAAACUUGAAAAAUUGCCUCUCCAUGGCAACUUUGUGGUGGUGUACUGUAUUGUAAAUCACCUGUGAUAGGUUUUCAUGCACAGUCUGUUUUCCCAAUGUAAUCUUUUCUCGCUUUUGUGUGGGGAAAUCUGCAUGAUAUGUUUAUGAUACUUUGUGAUCAUUAAAAUCCUACGUAAUGUAAGUUGGAAAAGUUGGAAAACAAUCACUGCAUUGUGAAAAGGAAAGUUCACUGUUAACAAAGCUUUUCUGAACACAGAUCUCGUCUGUUUAUUUUAUUAGAAGAAACAGACUACCAGUUAUCCUGGUAUGCUGUGUUUACAUUUCUCAUGACUGGUUGCCACCAAACUUAGCUUAGCAACUCGGUUCAACCAGACAAAAUUUUUGCCAUCCAACCCCUUCAAAGUCGGCGCUAAUGGCUUUGGAGUUAUUUAGUAAUGAAAACCAACCUGCAGUUUUGAACAACUUGCUUUUAUUUUUAAAUUUUCUUCAAUAUACAGGACAAAAAACUGCAGAAAAAUGUGUUUUAAUAAUAUUGUUAAGUAACAGCUGUGUUUAAGGAAUACUACGGUAAAAAGUCUCUAAACAUAGUUGAGUGUGUUAAGAGUGGACGGGGAGCUUUUGACAAAAACUGCAAAAAGUGGCAGGAACAGGAAUUAUUAACAGGUGCUGACAAAAGCAGAGUCUCAGAAAACCACUGAAUUGAUUAUUUUGGGCGAGAAGUAGAAAAUGAAUUGUUUUGAGUAUAACCUUAUGAGACUCUCUCUGGAUGACCUGAAAAUGAAUAUUUUUGGAUUCACCAAAGCUUUUCCCAGAACUAGAUGAACAUUUUAAGUAAAUAUCACUGGGGAUCAAACUCUGGUUCAGACCAAAUUUGUUUCACUAAUUGUUCAAAUGGAAAAACUGUAUAAAUUUAACCAACUUGCUGAACAACAGCAAAUAGCAACAAUCUUAUAACUGGCCAAGAUGCCCCUAUGAGCCCAUUGUCAGUUGAAGAAAGCCUUACAACAUGGUUUUCAUUGCAGUCACAAGAACCCAAGUUAUGAGUGACUGUAAGACACAUGGCAGUCAGGAAGUGCACCUUAGCUGAUCACCUUAGCACCUUAGGGCCGAUCCUAGUUAUUGAACUAGGUGUGGUUAUUAAUCCAGGUUGAAGCAUCUUUGCUUAGUAUUGAAAAUUAUGGUUGAAGAUCUCAUUGCAAGUUUCAAGGUUGAGUGGACCGGUUCCAUAAAAUGACUUCAGAAAAUCUAGCUGUCACGAAAUGUGUCUGCUGGUAAGAGUUGAGAGCUUUGAGUUUGUACAACAGUACAGUAUUUGAUCAGGAUGAUUGUAAAUACCACAGUUUUGUCAGUUUUUAUAUUAAAGUCAAUGUUUCGUUCGGACCUUUUAGUUGUUAGGUUUCAAGGGUCAA